ACAUUGGUUUCUUGUUCUGGGCGUUGCAACCAACAACAAAAACUUGUCGGUUCUGCUUUUCUAACAGAUUUUGAAUUCUCAACUCUGAUAUAAAAUAAAGAUUUUAAUUUCUUUACAAUCGGGAUUCUUCUUUUGAUCUUCACUACCCCAUUUGGAGAGGAAAAAUGUUGUAUUUCUUGAUAUAUUGUCUCUCUUUUCUUCUUCUUUCCAAGUCUUUUUUCAUGCCAAUGAAGAAUGAGAAUGGGAAAGUCUACAAAUUUUUUCUGCCAUGGUACAAACACAGAAGGGUUUUUGUUAGUAUUUUUCAAGAAUCAAGAAUCCUGACAGCAAUAAAAAGAAUUAAGAGUUCAAGAAUGGAGAAUUUGGAUGAAAAACAAGAAAUCACUCUACUGGAUUUGCCUGAUUUGGACUUGGAAUGCAUUCUUGAAAAGCUUUCGCCUGCCGGACUGUGUAGUAUGGCUGGAGUGUGUAAAACUCUGAGAGAGAAAUGUAAAAGUGAUCAUCUAUGGAAGAAGCAUAUGAAUCAAAAAUGGGGGAGACUAAUAGACGAUGCUGUCUAUACAGAAUGGCAAUGCAAGAUUGAUUCAAGAGUAAUUGGUGAUUCUGCAAUGCAGAAAAGCCCAUUUCAGUGGUUUUCGCGUUUCUUGGAUAAUCUUUUUCCGAAUAGAUCAAAGAUGGAGGAGGGAGAUAGCAAGUCGAGAAGUUCUAAACACGAAAAUUCGAUUAUGUCUUGCUAUAUGGCUCUUGAAACCGGAAAAAUUUGGUUCCCGGCUCAGGUGUAUAAUCGCGAGGUGCAGAAUGGGCAUAUUGGAUUUAUGCUUUCAUGUUAUGAUGCUGAAGUUUGCUAUGAUUCCAAAGCGGACAACUUUGUGGCAAGUUAUUCGGCGCAAGGGAGGCGGACAAUAGAGGAAAAUAUAGAAUGGAAUAGGUUAAGGGCACCAGCAGUUGAUACUCCUGCAAAUGUUCUUCAUAUUUCUGAUUGUUUGGGUGAUCUUAAGCCAGAUGAUCACUUUGAGAUUCAGUGGAGAAAAAAGAAAGAGUUCCCCUUUGGUUGGUGGUAUGGAGUUGUUGGACAUCUGGGAUCAUGCAAUGGCCAUGAAGUUAAUUGUAUGUGUCAUAUGAGUGAUAUGGUGAUCUUAGAGUUCAAGCAGUAUAUCCCUGGAUCGCAAUGGAGAAGAACAGCGAUUAAGAGGAAGGAUCAUCAAGAAGGAGGCAAUGAAGGUGAUGGAUUUUAUGGAGGAAUCCGAAAGCUUUACAAUAAAGAAGAAAUUGAAGCCUGGAAGAACUUCUGGACAAAUUCCAUCUUGGAAUAGUACACAUAGUUCAAUAAUAUGUAAAUAGAAAUGAGUAGAUGGUCAUCAAGAUUUUCCUUUUGUGCAUCUUGUUAUUCAUUUGUAGAUGUACGGGGAAACCACUCUAUUGGUGUAGAUUCUAUGGGCUAAUGUAACAAAAUUUUAUAUAACGAUCUAGGUAUUGUCUUGGAGAGAGA